CUCCCCCCUCCACCUAUGAAGAUUAAUUAUUAUGAAGUACUUAAGUGCUGUUAGACUGUAGGCCCAACCCAACUUUGCGGGGCUCAGUCCGUUCAAGAAGGCCUCCACACUGUCGACUGGGCUCAGCAACGAUGGGGAAACCUUCUCCGACGUCGAUUGCGCCUUAUGGGGCGGCAACUCAUCAUGACUUGUGUCAAUCAACCCCUCCCGACGCCGGCGCCCCUCGGCGCGGCGCACAAGUUGCCGUUUGGAAAAAGAGACUGCUCAAAGUAGCCAUGCCAUUUGUGUUCCAAAACGAGGGAUGCAUUACAAACCAUUACGCCUACUCUUGAACUGUUGCAAUCGAUUUCUCUCACUCGUUUCUGUUAGAAUGUAUUAGAACCUUCAAGUUCCUCAUGGCAUUGCUUCGAGUUCCCAGUGGUUCGCUGUCAUGUCUUUCAACAAUCGCAUAUCCAACGAUGCAUUUCCACAUUCGGAACCCUCUUCCGAGGUAAGCACGGCAACGCAGCAGAAAGAGACCACGGCCGUCAACGAGAGUGAAGGUGUCGAGAUCGAAUCACGUCCUCAAGAUGGCGGCCGUCUGGCCUGGCUCCAGGUUGCGGGCUCAUUCUUCCUAUUUUUCAACUCAUGGGGUAUCUUGAGUUCCUACGGCGUCUUCCAAGCAUACUACCAAGAACACAUGAAGCACGUAUCCGCCGACUCAAUAGCCUGGAUCGGCUCCAUCCAGUCCUCCCUCCUCCUCUUCACAGGCGUACUCGUCGGCCCUCUCUACGACGCAGGCUACUUCCGUAGCCUCACCUUCACAGGCAUCACCCUCAUCUUCCUCGGCAUGACAAUGACUAGCAUCGCGACGGCGUACUGGCAGCGCCGCGCCCUCGCCACGGGUAUCGUCGCAACGGGCAGCUCCCUCGGCGGUGUCGUGUACCCCCUCAUCUUCCAAAGCCUGUGCCCGCGCUCCGAUGAUGAAGGCGCCGGGAAGCGGAAGCGCCGCGUCAUGUUGGAUCUCUCUGCGUACCGAAACGUCUCCUUUGUCGUCUUCUCCGCAGCAAUGUUCUUCAACUUCUUCUCGUACAUGGCACCCAUCUACUAUCUUCAACAAUACUCCCUCGCCCAUGGCCUAUCAAGCCCAGGCUCUUCGAAACUAGCAUACUACCUAGUCGCGAUUCUCAACGCGGGCUCGAUCCUCGGCAGAGUCUUUCCCGCCUGGCUCGCCGGCCACUUUGGACCCAUCAAUGUUCUCCUCGGUGUCUCUGUCUCCAUCGCCGCCGUCGCGCUGAGCUGGCUGGCCGUACAUGACGCCGCGGGCAGCAUCGCUUUUGCCCUCGCCUACGGCUUCGCCUCUGGUGGGCUCGUCUCGCUUCCGCCCACCGUCAUCUCGAGUCUCGUGCCUGACCUCAGCUUACACGGCACGUGGCUGGGAAUGCUGUGCACAACUAAUGCGUUUGGAUCAUUGGCUGGACCGCCGAUCGCGGGUGUCUUGCUACAAGCUACUGGUGGUUACCUGGGCGUGCAGUUGUUAUCGGGACUCGGCAUGGUGGUAAUGACGAUAUUUAUGUUGGUUUUAAGAGUUACACUUGUCGGCAAGCAGCAGUCGUGGAAGGUAUAA